AUCAAACUCAACCAUUGAUUGAACUCCUACAAUGGCUAUCCCCACGAUGUCCUCUAAAAUCCUUCUCAUUGUUUUCUCCUUUUGUCUCCUCCAACUUUCAACUUUUGCCCGAGAUUAUUCAAUCGUGGGCUAUUCUCCUCAAGAUUUGACCUCCAUGGACAAACUCAUUGAGCUCUUUGAGUCCUGGAUGGCCAAACAUGGAAAAAUUUAUCACACCAUCGAAGAGAAACUGCACAGAUUUGAUAUCUUCAAGGAUAAUCUCAACCACAUCGAUGAGACCAACAAAAAGGUCACCAAUUACUGGCUCGGACUCAACCAUUUUGCCGACUUGACCCACGAAGAGUUCACGACAAUGUAUCUGGGUUUGAAGCCUGAGUUGGCCAGACGGCGGGGAUCCUCUGAUAGCCGGGAAUUCACUUACGGAGAUGUAGUUGAUUUGCCCAAGUCGGUUGAUUGGAGAAAGAAAGGAGCGGUUACUCGUGUGAAGAACCAGGGGUCUUGCGGAAGUUGUUGGGCGUUUUCAACGGUGGCUGCUGUGGAGGGAAUAAACCAGAUUGUCACCGGAAACUUGACGGAGCUGUCGGAGCAAGAGCUUAUCGACUGUGAUACCACAUACAACAGCGGAUGCAAUGGAGGUCUGAUGGAUUAUGCAUUUUCCUUCAUAGUCUCCAAUGGUGGGCUUCGCAAGGAGGAAGACUACCCAUAUAUCAUGGAGGAAGGAACUUGUGAGUUGACGAAGCAUGAGUCUGGAAUGGUAACAAUAAGUGGAUAUAGGGAUGUGCCUGAAAACAGUGAAGAGAGCCUGUUGAAGGCACUUGCAAAUCAGCCUGUAAGCGUUGCCAUUGAAGCUUCUGGGAGAGACUUCCAAUUUUACAGUGGGGGCGUAUUUGAUGGACAUUGUGGGAGUGAACUGGACCAUGGAGUGGCAGCUGUUGGGUAUGGCUCAACCAAGGGGUUGGACUAUAUCAUAGUGAAGAACUCGUGGGGACCUAAAUGGGGAGAAAAGGGGUACAUAAGGAUGAAGAGGAAUAUCGGAAAACCUGAAGGACUUUGUGGUAUCUACAAGACAGCUUCAUAUCCCAUUAAAAAGAAGUGAUUUCAAUUUCAAAUCAGCUUCUCUUGAUUGUUACUAUUUUUUUUUUUAAUUGUUCUAAUUGUUGUUUGCAUUUUCAAUUAAUAAUUUGUUGGAAGUUUAUUUUGAUUGGAUUAUAAAAUUCCACAUCUAAU